CUCAUGCCUCCAGGGAAGAAGCAGGCACCAGGGCGAGCACCCAUGCCUCCAGGGAAGGAGCCAGCAGGGCAAGCACUCAUGCCUCCAGGGAAGGAGGCACCAGGGCGGAGGGAUGAUGCCAAUCGUGGUGAGAUGCCAGACAACCCGCCCCCCACCACCAACUCCAAUCCCGCGCACUCAACCCUAACCCUUGGCGAGAUGGUGACCAAGAAUCCACCAGGGAGGACAAUAGCUGCACGUCCAAGGCAGCCUGCAGGCUUUUCUGAAUAUGAGAAGGAAAGAGCUCAACAUAUUAUGAGGAACAACCAAAUAUUUCAAAGACUUGGGAUCGGUCAAUUGGCAUCACUACUUAAGAAUGUAAGUGCAAAUGUGGAGGAUGAUGGUCCUCAAAAAUCAGGAUCCGAGUACAGUCCACAUGACAAUGAGGGGCUUGAGGAUGAUGAUGAAGUGAUCAGCAAGAGUGUCAAAGUAUCUUCUCAAGGAACACGAUGA